AUGCGUAUUGUUUCUGAUAAAGUUACGCAAGCUUUGAAGAAAAGUUUUAAAGAAGACGAUUUUGUUUUAACUGCACCGUCUUUAGCCGAAUCUCGUUUAAUGACUCGUAUCUACACUUUAGAGACUCAGAUGGCAUUUAUUUUAGUUGUAUCAGCGCUCUUUCUUGUAGCCACUGUUGGGAUGUUCUUGAUCUACGUCUGCUUUUGGGAAAGAAAUUUAAGAGACCUGGAAGGCGUUAGUAAAGAUGUAAAUGUUUUGGAUUACUUUACGCAGGAGCCCGUUCUUUUUGGUGAGCACAAAUUGGCCAUCGAAUUUGUUAACGUUAUUGAUUCUAAAUGCGUUGCGUCCUGCUGUCUCGAAGGAGAAGUACAUGUAUGGGACAUUGACACAGGCAAAAGGGUAAUGGUGAUUAAUAGAGACGUUAGAAAUCAAAAAAUAGAGGAAAUUGGUCCUCAGUUUACAGAAGGUAGAACAAGAACGCUUACGCGCUCCGCCAGGCCUCAAAUAUGGUGCAUGGCUGCGAGACAGGGUUUGCUGUUUUUUGGAUGUGCAGAUGGCACUCUGGAAAUUGCGAAUCCAGAGGCUGGAAACUUGGUCGGCAUUUACCGUAAAAGUCAUUCUGAUAGUGGCAUUAUCCAUUUGUUGACACCUGGGCUUCAUAUCAUCCUUGUCCGAUUCGAUGGCUCUGUAGAAUUUCUGGACACUACUUUGUCGUCGAACAAGUUGCAACGCAUUAAAGAGGUUGCCGCAAUUCAGCCUCAGCGUAUCUCUAUCACCCAUAUAGAAGCCACCUUUUUCAAUUUGAUAACAGUUAGUCAAGACCGCACAGUAAAGGUUUUCGACAUUCGUUCUGCUCAGCUUCUUUACCGGCUGAAGCAGCAUAACGCAAGGAUCAUUUCAAUUUGUGUUGACCCAAUAACCAACAUGCUUUACACUAGUUGUGAGGAAGGCAGUAUUUAUUCUUGGGAUUUAGAAAACGGCAAGUUCUUGAGGACUAUUGACGAAGUGUCCCUAACGAGCGAAUGGGUUAAACUCGCCUGUACGCCCCUAAUGCUCCUCGGGUAUAGCUCAGACGGACAUCUUUGGAUAUGGGAUAAAAAUACUGGUCAGCUCAGUACACGUAUAACCCCAGACACAACCUUCAACAAACAACAGUUUGGGAAACGGUGUUUAAUAGUGGUCAGUAAUCAUAUUGCGGUCACUGGCUGUGGUGAUUCAAUAAUGUUUUGGGAUUUGAACUACAAAGUUAUGGCAAAACAGCUCAAGAUGAAGCGAAACCUUCUUAGGCAUGAUCGUGAUUUAAUCUUAGUUUCGAGGAAUUUUGUGUUUUUUGUUGCCUCCAAAUCCCCAGGAAAAUCCAGGAAUGCGUAUCAGACUCAAGAUAUGCAUUCCUGA